AAAUUUCUUUUAAACUACAACAUAAAUAUGAUACAAGAAGUCUUAAAAUUAUGCAACUUGAAAAAAAAAACCAACAAUUAAAAGAAUAUAUCCAAGUUCUUGAACAUUCUAAAACUACAUCCUUAUUAUUAAUUAUGAAAUAUCUAUCUAUGAAAGCUUUUUUAAGUGAAGAAAAACCUAAAACUAGACCUAAAGCUUUUAAAUUUGGAAAUUUAGUAACUUCUGAAGCUAUUAUAAAAGAAUUACAAGAAAAAGAGAAUAUUAAGCAAAAGAAAAUAGAAUAUAUAAAAUUAAGAAAAGAACAAAGAGCAAAAAAAAAGCAAAAAAAAUAA